UUUUGUUUUUACAGAUUAGCUCGUUGCUUUUUUCAAAAACAGCAUGAAUUGACGUUUGUGAAACUUCAAAACUUUUAACAUUUUCUCUUCUUUUAGGGGUAAUUUACCAAAAGCCGGGAAACGUCGUUAUCGUUUACCGGCGUCUUUGGUUAAGACAACAUGCCUGAAAUAAAAGUAACUCCUCUGGGUGCUGGACAGGAUGUGGGCCGCAGCUGCAUCCUCGUCUCCAUCGGAGGCAAAAACAUCAUGCUUGACUGUGGAAUGCACAUGGGAUACAACGACGAUAGACGUUUUCCAGACUUUUCUUACGUAACCCAAAACGGACGUCUGACUGACUUUUUGGACUGUGUGAUCAUCAGUCAUUUUCACCUGGACCACUGUGGCGCUCUGCCUUACAUGAGUGAGAUGGUGGGCUACGACGGGCCCAUCUAUAUGACUCACCCCACCAAAGCCAUUUGUCCCAUUCUGCUGGAGGAUUUCCGAAAGAUCACCGUGGACAAGAAGGGAGAAACAAACUUCUUUACCUCGCAGAUGAUCAAGGACUGCAUGAAAAAAGUGGUUCCUUUGAACCUCCACCAAACGGUUCAGGUGGAUGAUGAGCUGGAGAUCAAGGCGUACUAUGCAGGCCAUGUCCUGGGAGCCGCCAUGGUGCACAUCAAAGUGGGAUCGGAGUCUGUGGUCUACACUGGAGACUAUAAUAUGACACCAGACAGACAUUUGGGGGCUGCAUGGAUUGAUAAAUGCCGUCCAGACAUCCUGAUCUCAGAGUCCACGUACGCCACCACCAUCCGGGACUCAAAGAGAUGCAGAGAGAGGGAUUUCUUGAAAAAAGUGCACGAAUCGAUAGAAAGAGGAGGAAAGGUUCUCAUUCCGGUUUUUGCCCUUGGACGAGCACAAGAGCUCUGCAUCCUCCUGGAGACUUUUUGGGAGAGAAUGAACCUAAAGGCUCCAAUUUACUUCUCCACUGGCCUGACAGAGAAGGCAAACCACUACUAUAAGCUCUUCAUAACGUGGACCAACCAGAAGAUUCGGAAAACCUUUGUGCAGAGGAACAUGUUUGAGUUUAAGCACAUCAAGGCCUUCGAUCGCUCCUACGCAGAUAAUCCCGGACCGAUGGUGGUGUUCGCCACGCCGGGGAUGCUGCACGCUGGCCAGUCUCUGCAGAUUUUCAAGAAAUGGGCGGGAAAUGAGAAGAACAUGGUAAUCAUGCCCGGCUAUUGUGUGCAAGGAACUAUAGGCCACAAAAUCCUUAAUGGACAACGGAAGCUGGAGAUGGAGGGAAGAGCAACGUUGGACGUGAAGCUGCAGGUGGAGUACAUGUCCUUCAGCGCUCACGCUGACGCCAAGGGCAUCAUGCAGCUCAUCCGCAUGGCUGAGCCUCGGAACAUGCUGCUCGUGCACGGAGAGGCGGCCAAAAUGGAGUUUCUGAAGGGCAAGAUCGAGCAGGAGUUCAGCAUAGACUGUUACAUGCCAGCCAACGGCGAGACGGUGGCGGUGAAGACGAACCCCAGCGUUCCCGUGGAUAUGUCCGUCAACCUGCUGAAGAGGGAGAUGGCUCUGGGAGGACCUCUGCCUGACCCAAAGAGGCCCCGCAGCAUGCAUGGAACGCUGAUCAUGAAGGAAAGCAGUCUGAAGCUGGUCUCCUCGGAGCAGGCGCUGAAGGAGCUGGCCCUCAACGAGCAUCAGCUCCGUUUCACCUGCCGGGUGGCGCUGCAGGACCCGCACAGCGACUCCGAAACGCUCCACAGAAUCUACACACACCUGAAGAGCCUGCUGAAAGGUUACACCAUCCAACACCUCCCUGACGGCACGGUCAUGGUCGAGUCCAUCGUCAUCAAAGUCUCCUCGUCCGCCGAAGACGCAAACGCCAAAAUCCUGCUGCUUUCCUGGAGUUAUCAGGAUGAAGACCUCGGGAGCUUUCUCUCAUCUGUGCUGAAAAAGUGACUUCCAUCUGGACUUCCAAAACUGUGACAAGAAUGUGAACUUUCCUUAAAGAGAGUUCUUUAGGCUGAAAACUCCUUCCUGGCACCAAAACUUCUUCAGUGUAAAUAACAUCAAGUCUUUGCUUUCCUUUGUAAACAAACUCUUCUUUAAUCGUUGGUCAAAAGAUUUAGAUCCAGAAAUUGUUUUAUUUUGACAACAUUAAUAAACAUUUCUUUUUUAAAAA